GAAUCAUAUGUUUUGAAGCAACCUGCGCGAUCGCAGAUCCGACUCGCGAAUUUUGAAGACUCCUAAAAAAGAUCGCGAUCCCGCUAAAUGGCAUCCCACCUGCUUCGAAAUGGCGCCUCCGGCUGGCUCCUAAGGAACUACUUGCCACACCAGGCCGCCCAACUGAAACGCUGCCUUAAUGUGACAUCCCGCUUGGACAAGACCGUCUCCUUCCAUCUCAGCGACAUCGGGGAGGGAAUUCGAGAAGUUACAGUCAAGGAAUGGUUCGUCAAGGUGGGCGACACCGUGGAGCAGUUCGACAACCUGUGUGAGGUCCAGUCAGACAAAGCUUCGGUGACGAUCACCAGUCGCUAUGACGGCAAGAUCAUUAAGAUCCACCACAACAUAGACGAGAUUGCCCUGGUGGGAAAGCCACUGCUCGACUUUGAUGUCCAGGACGAAGAAGGUGAUGAGGAGGAAUCUUCAAGCUCUUCGUCCUCCUCCUCCUCAUCGGAGGGAUCUUCCAGCGAGGCGGAAAAGGUACCAGAGGCGCCCAGCUCGGGUCGGGUGAUAACCCUUGCCACUCCUGCUGUCCGACGAUUGGCCAAGGAGCACCAGUUGGAUCUGGCCAAGGUCCCGGCUACAGGACGCCAAGGUCGCGUUCUCAAAGGUGAUAUUUUGGAGUAUCUUGGCCAAGUACCGCCUGGCACCAAUGUACCACAUCCCACGCUGGCUGCCAAGACUGCGCAGGCCCCUAAGGCAGCUACACCUGCAGCUCCACCGAAACCUGCCGCUCCAGCCGAUCGCGUGGAAGUCCUCAAGGGAGUACGCAAAGCCAUGCUGAAAUCAAUGUCCGAGUCACUGAAAAUCCCGCACUUUGCCUACAGCGAUGAGAUCGACAUGAGCGAGCUGGUCAAAUUCCGGGCCCAGUUACAGAAGGUGGCUCAGGAAAAAGGUGUGCCCAAGCUCACGUUUAUGCCGUUCUGCAUCAAGGCCGCCAGCGUGGCGCUGGGAAAGUACCCAAUCGUGAACAGCUCCUUGGAUCUGGCCAGCGAGUCGCUGAUCUACAAGGGAGCCCAUAACAUCAGCGUGGCCAUCGAUACGCCGCAGGGCCUUGUGGUGCCGAACAUCAAGAACUGUCAGACCAAGAGCAUCAUCGAGAUAGCCAAGGAUCUGAACGCCCUUGUGGAACGCGGACGCACUGGCUCCUUGACGCCUUCGGACUUUGCUGACGGAACUUUCUCGCUCUCCAACAUUGGAAUCAUUGGCGGCACCUACACACAUCCCUGCAUUAUGGCACCUCAGGUGGCCAUCGGAGCCAUGGGCCGGACCAAGGCGGUGCCGCGCUUUAACGACAAGGACGAGGUAGUGAAGGCGUACGUGAUGAGCGUGAGCUGGUCCGCCGAUCACCGCGUCAUCGACGGCGUGACCAUGGCCAGCUUCUCGAACGUAUGGAAGCAGUACCUGGAGCAGCCGGCACUCUUCCUGCUGCACUAAUUCAACGUGACCAUCGCGAACUCCUACUACGGAUAAGGCUGUUCCCCUGCAUUUAUAGGCAUAUUUGAUUUUAAAAGUUAAAGAUCUACGAUCCGGUUGUUUUUGUAGAACAAUUAAGGCCACCGUAUGCCGUGCCGCCCACCCCAAAAAUGUGCAUUUAUAGGAGGCUGCUGCUCUGAGCGGCUCCUCGAUAGCUUUAAGCUCCAGGUCGGCACGCGGCUGGGCCAUUCAUGUACCAAUCUGCUCCAAUUAUUCUGCAUUUAUAUCAAGUUUUUUUUGUGUGUAGUUUAUUAAGCAUCAGCUUUAGCUUACAGUUCAACUGUAGUGUGUGCAUUUAUUUUAAAGCUUUGUUUUCAAUGGCUGUCCAAUAAAUAUCAAAACGGUUUAUGUGAAAA